UUAACCGUAACCAAGUCAAGUCCAAGAGAGGACCCUAUAGUACUCAAAUCUCUCUCUCUCUCUCUCUCCCAAAAAGCUCCGAACGAUCCAAAUUGAGUUCGAUAACUGUGAAAGAAACUUAAUCAGAAGUAUAAUGGAUCGAGGAAGGAGACUGAAUAAGAUCACUGCAAACAAAAACAGCAAGAUAUACAUGGACCUCGAAGACAUAAUAAGGGAGCACACCCUUCCCUUUCUCCCUGCUAAAUCACUUUACAGGUUCAAAGGGGUUUGCAGGGACUGGAAGCUCCAGAUCUCAACUCCUUUCCUUGCCCACAAUCAGUCAAAUAGUUUCCACAAUUGCUCAGGCUUCUUUUGCCAAUCUUUUUCAAAUCCACCUUCAUUUAUUUCCCUUGACGAGAAUUCAUAUGGUGUUCCAGACCCUUCUUUAUUGUUUUUGCCUGAACCGGUUUACAUCAGGAGUUCUUGCAAUGGCCUCCUGUGCUGCCAGGGUCGCACUCAUGACAAAGCCUACUACAUCUGCAAUCCUGUCACCAAGCAGUGGAAGAAACUCCCAAAACCCAAUGCUGAUCAUGGGUCUAACCCUGCCCUUGUACUCAUAUUUGAACCUUCUAUACUCAACUUUGUUGCUGGGUACAAGCUCAUUUGUGCCUUUUCAUCUGCUGAUUUUGAAAGUGCUUGUGAAUUCGAGAUUUAUAACUCUACAGAAGGAUCUUGGAGAAUUUUUGGUGAGAUAUACUUUGGUGCUGAAGAGCUCAAGCCUAAAUCUGGCGUCCAUGUGAAUGGAAUUAUUUACUGGCUUUUCGACAGUGGUGGGAUUGUUCUUUUUGAUCUCACCAUGCAGCGGUCACAACGCCUUCAUCAUGGUCAUAUUAAUGGUUGCUUGGGUGUAAUGAACGGGAAGCUUAGUUUGGUUACUGUUUGUAACGAGACUCUAACUGUGAGUGUGUUGUCCAAUACCUACACAAACACAAUGGCGAUGAACAGCAAAGUUAAGGCUUGGGAUACAAAACUUAGUGUCAAUAUCAAAAACAGAUUGGAGCUAAGUGGUUUUGGUCCCGCAUACGAUCGGAGAUCUGUGCUCUAUGCCAGCGGGGAUUUGAUUGUAAUUCGAGGUGUGAGAGGACUUUAUUCAUUUAACACGAAGACUCAAGAAUUUGGAGGGUUAAGGGGAAAAGCUGAUCAUGAUGAUCGUUAUAUAGUAUUCAUUGGUUAUGUGAAUAGUCUUGUUGAUAUCUAGUAGGGCUCUCUUCUUAUACGUGCCUACCUCAUUUACAAUGCUUUCUAGCCGUGCGAUACACAAUGGGCAAUUAUAUUAGGUGGUACUGAUUCGGAACUUACUCAAUGAAAUUAACUAGGGUUUUUGUUACUGAUA